AUGCGGGGCCUGGUCCCUAUUUUCGUUUCGUUCUUUAUCUCAUUUGGAGAAUGCAAUAUCGCUUUAACAUUUCCUGAGGCACGUUUCCCUCCUUUGGAUUUUUUGGACACAUCAAGAACUAUGGAACCUUGCGGUGUGCCAAAGCCAAGAAAUCCCUAUUACACAAAUUUAAUAGUUGGAACAACCUAUAAUUUUACAUGGAGAAUGCAAUAUCCUCAUCAGGGUGGAUACCGUCUUGUUCUGCUAGGCCCUUCCGGAGAAAUAAUAGAGAGCUUGGCUCCAAUGAAUGGUUUAGAAUUCAAGGGAUCAGAAGAUGCAACAAUUCAAAAUGAACAAAUUCGCUUCACCAAGAGUUGCAUGGAAUGUACAGUCGUUUUGGAGCGACAAGCAUUGGAAUGGGGAAAGUCAUACCGUUUCCGAAGUUGUGCCGAUGUUAAUAUUCUACAAGCAGCUUCAGCGGACUCAGUUUGUAAUGGUCGAGGAACGAUGCAGGACGGCCAGUGUGUAUGCGAGAGUGGUUAUACAGGAGAUAUUUGCCAAUAUCUAGCCGACUGUGAAAGAGAUUCCGAUUGUUUGAACGAAGGAAAGUGUGUCUCAGAAGCUAACUCCUUAGUAUCUAAGACAUGUUAUUGUGCUUAUGGAUAUUUUGGAAAAAAUUGUGAUCAAAAUUUUAAUAGACAGAAUGAUGCUUGUUUCGCUUAUGCAAAUAAGGAUGAAACAUCCUUUGACAAAUAUGGAAUGUUCAGCGAAAACUGUUAUAAUAAAGAAUCUUUUAAUGAAAAAGAUUUUAUUUACUUUCGAAAAGUAAAAAGCGACAUUGAAAUUAUUUUGGAUUUUCAAUCAACAUCCUGGCUAUCUUUGGGUUGGCGACCAGAAGGCUUGGAUCCAUCAUGUCGCCUCUUUCCUGAUUUAGAAGGCGUAAGAUCUAAGCGAUCCCAAUUCGAUGCUCCUCCGAUUGUUUUCAAUAAUGACGAAGCACCUCCAACAGUAUUACGAAACGAUGAUCCACCACCUCUCCGUGUUGCCCAAGAAGGUCCUCGUCCGAAAAUGCCAAAAAACAAUGGAUUAAUGAAGACAGCAUUAGAGGCUCCCUUACAUGCUAUGGAUUGCGUUGAUAUGGUCGUCGGAGCAGUUAAGGAUGGGAGAUUAAAAAUUAACGAUAUGUAUUCAAGAGAUAGGUCAACUCCUCUUAAUGACUUCUGGUAUGAAGGCGAAUUAUCUUUCUUGGCUGCUUAUGGAGCGGAAAUAGAUGGUCGAACGGUUAUAAUGUUCCGUAGGUGGAUGCAAGAAAUUGAGCCUACUGAUCAUCCAUUGGGGCCAGGACGACAGUUUGUGAUUUGGGCUAAAGGUCAAGCACAAGGAGCGUAUAGUCAUGGAGCUCCAUCUGGUUUGGAUGGAAAACACAGUAAUGAAGAUUUUUAUGCCGACGACAUUUUAAAAUAUCAUGGAAAUCAAAAUCGUGGCGUUCAUCCACUUGAUUUUACAAUUCCUCCAGCCAAAUAUCCUAAACCGGAUGAUGCAGCUUUUGGUGUUCAUAUAGCACAAGGUUCUAAUUCUCUUUUACGACUCAAAUCGCUUCAUUUUGUGUAUUUGAGGUCAUCCAAAGCAGAAGCCAUUUGA